AUGGGUGAACCAGCCACAAAACGUGUCAAAACCGAUAACGAAACGAACGGCGAAGAGGCAAAAGAUGCGAAGAUCCAGUCAGAGUAUGAUGAUGCAACACAAAAAAUAUUGGAACAAAUUGAUCAAGUACAAGGCGAGAUCGAUGCUUUGAAUGAGAAAGCGAGUGAGGAGAUACUUAAGGUUGAACAAAAAUACAAUUCUUUAAGAAAACCAUUCUUCGAGAAACGCAAUGAGCUGGUCCGUGAUAUACCCAAUUUCUGGGUCACUGUCCUUGUCAAUCAUCCAAAUAUCAGUGCGAUCCUAUUGGAAGAAGAAGAGGAGUGCCUUCACUAUCUUACAAAAGUUGAAGUAGAGGAAUUCGAUGACAUCAAGUCGGGGUAUAGGAUUAAGUUGGCGUUCGAUGAGAAUCCAUUCUUUGAGAAUACACAAAUCGUGAAAGAGUUCUUCUUGGGCAAUGCCGAGCCAACGAGCACCACCACAGACAUCAAAUGGAAAGCAGACAACGAACUUGUCAAUAAAAUCAAGGGUAAAUUGAAUAGUUCUGGUGAAGGCACACCAGGGCCACGUACAUUCUUCGCGUGGUUGACGGAUAAUCAAGAUGCGAGUAACGACGAAAUUGCUGAGCUGAUCAAAGACGACUUAUGGCCGAAUCCACUGCAAUACUUUUUGGUGCCAGACUUAGACGACGGUGCAGAGGCAGCUCUGGAUGAGGAGGGCGCAUCGGAGAACGACGAGAACGCAGAGGAUCUGGAGGAGGCAGAUGAUGCCGGCGAAGAGCACGACGAGUAA